AUGGGCUGCAUUGCUUAAAAAACAAAAUUAAAAUCAAAAGAUUAAAUGAGAACGACUAAUCAAAACAGUCAAUAUUAGAAUGAAUUAAAUUAAGAAAGCAAAAUAUUAAAAACUGAACCAAAAGCUGAUAGAGUUAUCAGUGAAAUAAAUGUUUCUCCUUCUCCUCAAAUAGGAAGAAGAUUGAGACAUAUGGUAAGCAGCGACGAAGUUUAAAAAUACAUUAAUAAGAGACAGAGUAUUACUUAAAGCCCAUUCAAGUAUAUCAAGAAUUCUCCAGAAUAAAGGAGAAAGCUAUCUUUGAGGAAUAGCCCUUAAUUGUGA